UAAUUAUCUUUUAACCUACCCUGUAUAAUAUUACAAAACCUUAUAUUUUAAGAAAGAAGAAAUCGAGGAGAAUCAAAAAAUGUAAAAAUAUACAGGGUGUCCCAUUUAAAAAAACGAAGUUACAAUCAACUUCCGGUAUAACCGGAAGUAGCAAAGAAAAGAAAAUAUUUUCAUUAAAUAGUUCAUACCUCAAAACCCCUGUAUUCCAAUUUUCAAGAUUCUCUUAGCUUUAGUUCUCGAGAUAUUUCUAAUAGGCCCUUUAUCUGCCUCACCCUGUAUAGUGCUACUUCUCAAAAACUCAAAAGUUUUCUAUUUUAAAAUAGAAAUUGGUUUUUUGAUACACGAGUAUGCUAUAAAAAAACCAAAAAAUAUUAUUCCGAAGUUUUAAUUUUAAAUAAGUAAUACUUGGAUAAACCCAGUACCUAAGGAGGAAGAGGCCAAAACCUAAAAGAGGAAGAUACAGCAUGGUGUUUGUUACUCUAUGGUUUGUUAUUUUAUCAAUUUUUAAAUUUUAACCUAAUUUUUCUUUUGUGGUAAGUGUAAUGUUUUAAAGUAAAAGUUAAAGUUUUUAAAGUUAAAAGUUUUAUUACUGAACAGAGGCUCUUCCACGAAUAUGCCAUCAUAUAAUGGCCGUACAAAUUGGAAGAACAAGAACAAAAAGAAAAACAACCAGUUUAACCAAAGCUCUCAAUCCACAUCAUAUUAUCAAGGUAAUACACAGUUUAGUUUUGAUGAAAGAGGUAAUAUACGACAUAGUAAUGAUAAUCCAAAUAGAGUACCUAAUGGAAAAGAUUUUGGACAUAACUAUUCUAAAAAUCGAAGAAAGAAGAAUAGAAACAGGUCAAAUUUCUACCAUAAAACUGAGUGGCAAGAUAAAUCAAAACACUUAAAUGAAAAUUCAUCCACAAAUACGUUACAUACAUCAGAAAAACAUCAGCAAUUGAUGAAAGUACCAAAUAAAAGCAAUAAAAAAGCAAAUCAUUCAAUUUCCGAUGAAACUUCCACUGAUUUAAUAGCUCAAAAGGAUGACAGUGAUUUGUUUUACUGUGACAUAAUGGGUAAUUUAAGUCAUAAAAACUCGCCACAAAGAACUGAAAAAAGUAGUCAUAAAACUGUGAUGGAUUUGGUCAAAAACAAUCAAUUUAACGGAAGCUCUGAAUCGACUUCAUAUAAUCAAGGUAGUUCACAGUUUUUAUUUGACGAAAGAGGUAAUCUACGGCAGGGUAAUGAUAAUCCAACUAGAGUGUCUAAUAAAAAAGAUUUUGGACAUAGCUAUUCUAAAAAUCAAAGAAAGAAAAAUAGAAACAGGUCCAAUUUAGACCAUAAAGCUGAACAGCAAGAUAAAUCAAAACACUUAAAUGAAAAUUCAUCCACAAAUCCGUUACAUACAUCAGAAAAAAGUCAGCAAUUGAUGAAAGUACCAAAUAAAAGCAAAAAAAAAGCAAAUCUUUCAAAUGCUGAAACUCUCGCCGAUUUAAUAGCUCAAAAAGAUGACAGUGAUUUGUUUUACUUUGACAUUAUGGGCAAUUUAAAUAAUACAUACUCACCACAAAGAACUGAAAAAAGUGGUCAUAAAACUGUGGUGGAUUUGGUCGAUAGCGAUCUAGAAAUAAGUUACCAAGAAAAAAAUAAUCACAUCCAUAAAACCUCAAAAAACGUAAGUAGUAAACGAAUGAUUCAUCAGACAUCAUCAAAAGACAGUGUUGAAGCCCAAUUUGAAGAAAUGUUUGUUAGUCCCAAAAGGAACCAUCAUGUAUCACCUAGUGUCAUAAAGUCGAUCGACAGCAAUGUAUUAUUAAACAAUUCAGUCAAAUCCAAAAAGAAAAAGAAAUUAGCAGAACAUCAUUCAGAAAAUGUAAGUAUUAAUAGACAUAGUAGAAAAAAUUCAGAUGAAAUAAUAGAUAUUUCAUAUAAUGACAUAUAUAAUGAAUUAAAUGAUUCAGUUGAAUCGAAAAAGAAGGGUAAAUCAAAACAAUUAGUAAAUAUUAGAGAAAAUCCAGAUGACACAUCAGAUGUUUCUUAUAUUGACAUACAUAAUGAAUUAAAUGAUUUAGUUACACCUAAAAAGAAAAAGAAAAAAGAAAAUUCUGAUGAAACGAUAGAUGUUUCAUAUAUUGACAUACAUAAUGAAUUAGAUGACUUAGUUACAUCUAAAAAGAAAAAGAAGAAAUCAAAAGAAUGUCCUGAUUUGGAAUUGGCAAAUACAGAUAGUCACCAUAACAAAAGUGAAAAGAAGAAGAAAAAAAUAGAACCACAAUCUGAAUUUGAUUUGACUGGUGAUGUUACUCAUGAUAUUCAUAGUUCAUCCCAGAUGUUUGAUGGACCAAAUGAUAGGCACAACCUAUUAAAUGACUCAGGUAUAUCUAAAAAGAAAAAGGAAAAAUCAAAAGAACGUCCUGAUUUAGAGUUGGCAAAUACAGAUAGCCACUGUGACAAAAGUGAAAAGAAAAAGAAAAAAAUACAAGUACAAUCUGAAUUUGAUUUGACGGGUGAUGGUUCUUGUGAUAAUCAAAGUUCGUUUGAGAUGUUUGAUGUACCAAACGAUAGGCAAAACAUUUUAAAUGACACAGGUAAACCUAAAAAGAAAAAGGAAAAAUCCGAAGCAUGUCCUGAUUUGGAAUUAGCAAAUACAAAUAGUCACCUUGACAAACGUGAAAAGAAGAAGAAAAAAAUAGUAGUCGAAUCUGAAUUUGAUUUGACUGGUGAUAGGUGUAGUGAUAAUCAAAGUUCACUUGAGAUGCUUGAUGUAUCAAACAAUAAGCACAACAUAUUAAAUGACUUGGGUAAAUCUAAAAAUAAAAAGGAAAGAUCAAAAGAAUGUCCUGAUUUGGAAUUUGCAAAUACAGACGGUCACCAUGACAAAAGUAAAAAGAAAAAGAAAAAAAUAGAAGUAGAAUCUGCAUUUAAUUUGACUGGUGAUGGCUCUUGUGAUAAUCAAAGUUCAUUUGAGGUGUUUGAUGUACCAAACGAUAGGCACAACAUAUUAAAUGACUCAGGUAAAUGUAAAAAGAAAAAGGAAAAAUCAAAAGAAUGUCGUGAUUUGGAAUUAGCAAAUACAGACGAUCACCAUGACAAAAGUAAAAAGAAAAAGAAAAAAAUAGAAGUAGAAUCUGCAUUUAAUUUGACUGGUGAUGGCUCUUGUGAUAAUCAAAGUUCAUUUGAGGUGUUUGAUGUACCAAACGAUAGGCACAACAUAUUAAAUGACUCAGGUAAAUGUAAAAAGAAAAAGGAAAAAUCAAAAGAAUGUCGUGAUUUGGAAUUGGCAAAUACAGAUAGUCACCAUGACAUAAGUGAAAAGAAAAAGAAAAAACUACAAGUACAAUCUGAAUUUGAUUUGACGGGUGAUGGUUCUUGUGAUAAUCAAAGUUCAUUUGAGAUGUUUGAUGAACCAAACGAUAGGCACAACAUAUUAAAUGACUCAGGUAAAUCUAAAAAGAAAAAGAAAAAAUCUAAAGACUCUCCUGAUUUGGAAUUGGCAGAUACAGACAGUCACCAUGACAAAAGUGAAAAGAAAAGGAAAAAAAUAGUAGUAGAAUCUGAAUUUGAUUUGACUGGUGAUAGGUGUAGUAAUAAUCAAAAUUCACUCGAGAUGCUUGAUGUACCAAACAAUAAGCACAACAUAUUAAAUGACUCAGGUAAAAAGAAAAAGGAAAAAUCCAAAGCAUGUCCUGAUUUGGAAUUGGUAAAUACAGAUAGUCAGCAUGACAAAAGUAAAAAGAAAAAGAAAAAAAUAGAAGUAGAAUCGGAAGUUGGCUUGACUGCUGUUGGUUCUUUUAAUAUUCAAAGUUCAUUUAAAAAGUCAAGUAAACAUGAAAAAAUAGAACUGAUAGACACAAAUAGUGAAUGUGGCAGAAAGUCUCCCAUUUUGUCUUUUGACAGAGCUAUUAAAUUUAAGAAGAAGAAAACAGAAAUACCAGAGGUAGAUUCAGCAUUCAGCAAUGCAUAUCAACCAGAUAUUACUAAACCUUGGACUUCUAAAAAGAGGAAGAAUCACUCUUUUGAUGACAAAAAAUUAGGAGUAUCUGAUAAUGGUAAUAGCAUGUUGAUCGAUUCUUGUACUCCAAAAAAGAAAAGAAAAAUAGAUUUGGAAUCGGUGAAUGCUGAGUCAUUGAAUACUUCUACCGAUCAUGUGAAAGAGAAGAAACAAAAAGUAAAUGAAGGAGUACAUUCCUUAAAGAAUAGUAAGGAUAAUAAUGUAUUAAGUUACCCUUCUUCUCCAGUCAAAUGGAAAAAAAUAAAGGAAUCUCCAUCCAACGAAGAUAUUGAAUCAUUAUCAAUAUUAUUUGGAGUUAAUUCUGCACAAAAAGAGACCAUGGAACCUAUGGUAAAUCUUGACUCUAGUGUCGAUUCCUCAGGAUCUAGAAAAAAGCAAAAAAGAUUAAAUCUAGAACCUUUGUAUACUGAUCUAUUAGUUUCACCUACAAAUUCUUUACAUCUUGAAGACAAAAACAGUUUUUCAGAAUAUUUAAAUGACAGGGACUGGGUUCAAACAAAUGAAGUAGAGGAUAGUCCAAGAGUUAAACCAAAACUUAAUUUUGAAUCUGAUAUGUAUUUUGAAACAAUUGCACAAGAUGUGAGGAGAAAGAAAAAAGAACAUUCUCAGGACCUAGAUUCAUCAUCUUCAAGCAGUAUUGAAAACACUACUGAUGUCAAUGUUAGCAACAAAAGAUUAAAAGGCCCUAAAGCACCAGAUGUAGGGAGAAAGGAAGAAGAACAUUCCCAGGACUUGGAUUCAUCAUCUUCAAGCAGUAUUGAAAACACUACUGAUGUCAAUGUUAGCAGCAAAAUAUCAAAAGGCCAUAAAUCGCCAGAUAUGUGGAGAAAGAAUAAAAAAGGAAAGGAAAGGAAAAAAGAAGGAAAGAAAUCUAAUUCCCAGGAAUUAGAUUCAUCAUCUUCAAGCGAUGUUGAUGACAAAUCACAUGUUAGAAAAUCAAGAGGGCCUAAAUUUGCUUAUGUAUCAAAGUUCCUUUCUACUAACAAUCUUAAACAAAAACAAACUAAACUUACUGAUUGGCUGAAUAAACAACAAGAGUUAUCAAAAAUAGAUUUGUCUAAAGAAAAUGGAGCGAAUAAAUCUAAGGUACAAAUAAUUUCAACUGAGGAAGAAGAAGAUAGUGAAGAUUGUAUAGAAGAAGCAAAUGAUAGUAAGAGUAAAAAUAAGAAAAAACCUUCUGAUAAUGAAUAUAGUAAAGGCCUGAAGAACCUUAAAUGUAGACGAAGCAAAGAAGUAUACACUGCUAUAUAUAGUGACACGCAAGAUUCUGCUGCUAGCGAGAUGGAAGAUUCUAGUAGUGAAGAUGAAUAUGACAAAGAAACCAGUGGCAGGAAGCAAGGUAGUAUUAGUGAUAGAAUCAAUGCCAGUGAAUUGUCUCAACUCGCAGAACUAGAGAUACAGUUACCACGCAAUAAUAUUCCUCCUCUUCAUCAAAUGGCAAGACCUAGUAAACUUACUGACGCUGAAACUGAAUUAGCAAAAAAGGCAAAAAAAGGACGUUUCAGCAAGGCAGAGGAUGAAGUGUUAACGAAGAAUUGGGAAUCGUUCUGCGAGAGCCAUAAUUUGACUAUAAGACCGUCGGCUUUGUUCAGACUUCCGAGGGUAAUGUCAAUACCAGAGAAAAUAAAAUUUUUACAAUAUUUGAGUACCGGACUGGAUGAUAGGAAUUCUCAUCGAAUUUACCAAAGAUUCAAAGCUUUGUUUCGAGAAAAAGUCAAAUUAGGAAGAUUUUCUGCAGAAGAAGAUAAGAAAUUAUUGGACUUUUUACUUAAAACCAAGUCAUUUAGACCGUAUGAGGAGUUAUCGGUUUUACUAAAUCGUGCUCCGAAGUCGCUUGAGAAUAGAGCCAGAAAGUUGAUGGAGCGUCCAAAGAGGAUCCGGUGGGAUCUAAACAUGUGUGAACGACUUGUCAAAGCAAUAUUGAAGGCCACAGGUAAAGAAAAAGUUGAAGAUUUAGAAGCGAUGUCUCUUACUCGUGACCAAUGGAAUAAAGUGUCCUCAUUGUUAGAUAACAUACCUGUUCCUAAGUUAAAAGCAGUUUGGAACGUAACUUUGAGUCCGAAACUUUUCGAAAAGGAAGAGGUUCGUACGAUCAAGCUAGAUCUUAUCCGAUUAAUGAUAGCGAAUAACGAGACUGAUAUUAAAACCGUAAAUUGGGAUAAAUACGCUGAACAGUUUGAGGGUAUGACAGGACAUAGGUUGAAUUAUCUGUUUAAUCAGCUAAGAUUUUUUACACCUUCGUCAAAAAUGGAUAACUUGGCUGAAAAUCUCCGACAUCUCGCUGAGACAUACAGAGGUCACCACAAGCGCAAGAACGAUAGAUUGGUCUUCAAGAAUGGAAAAUUAUUAUUAGACAUUGAGAUUAAGAAAUAAAACUGUAAUAUGUGCCAAUUCAGUGCUUCCUAUUGUACCGGGUGUCCCAAUAAGAAUGGCUCUCGGCCAUAUCUCAGGAACCGUUCAUAGUAGAGCUUUCAAAUAAAAAAUUUUAUAACAAAAGUUGCCUCAGGAAAAGCCUGGAAAUUAUUUUCAUAAUUGUGGGUCCACCGCUAGAGGGCGUAAUUGAAUAUCAAAAAUUAAAAAAUCUAAAUUUUACAAAAUUUUCCUAAUGAAGGGGCACUGGAAAUCCGAUUAUUGUAUUCUUCAUAAAAUUCUGCGCAUAUUUGAUUUAACAAGUUUAACUCUACUUUUGCAAAUAAGAGGUGGGGGUGAGUGGGAACCUUGUUAUGAAAAAAUGGCUGUAAGUCCGGUUCUGCUAAAUCAAAUUUUGAAAACUGGGUCUUGUUAAAGACAGAUCUUUUUCUUCAAUGUAAGCGUGAUAAUUUUGAACCAUCCUAAUAAGUAAUAAGCCAGCUGGGAGGCGUUAUUUAAUGUUUUUCAGAAAUCUAGUUUUCUUUGGAAAAUAUUAAAUACAAGUAUGCAUUUUUAAUCAUACUUUAUAAAAUUAGAUUAAAUUAGCAAUAGAAUAGCGAAAACCGCAUGUCGAUAUCUUUUUUAUAUCUCAAGAUAUCUCGAGAAACGUGUAAAUUUUAUACAUAACUGUUACUAUCACCGGUAAACUAAGUUAAUGAAAAGUAGUGUGCUGUGGAAAAAAACAAAAUAACAUUUUCCAGAUGUCAACGUAUAAAAAUAUAAUUAAUUAAAACAACAAUAUAAAGAGAAACGAUACUAUUAAAAUUAAAUAUAACAAAGAACAAAAAGAACUACUUAGUGACGACCUAAAUAUUCAAAUUGUUGCCCAUCAUACACUACUCUAGAAUACAUUAAACAGAGAAUACUAAACGCCAUUCAAAGCAUAUUGAGAGCAGAAAUUGAGACUGCUGUUCAAUCUACUCUUGAAAUAGUAAAUGUUUGCAACGAAAAUGAUGGGCAAAAAUUUGAACAUUUCUGUCAUCACUAAAUAGUUGUUUUUAUUUCUUUGCAAUAGGGCUUUUCAACGCUUCUCAUUUGUUUCGAGCCUCUGUCAUAUGCCGUAUAAUCCGUGUAUAGUAUUAAUAUACGAGAUAUAAACGAGGCUCGAAACAAAUGAAAAGCGUUAAAAAGACCUAAUAUACGUUGACAGCUGGAAAAUGCUCCUUUGUUGUUUCCAUAGCACUCUACUUUUCCUAAACUUCGUUUACCGGUGACAGUAAUAGUUGUGUUUUUAAAUUUACACGUUUUGUAAGAUAUCUCGAGAUAGAAAAAUGGUAUUAACAUGCGGUUUUCGCUAUUCUGUUGCUAAUUUUGUCUAAUUUUGUAAUAUGGUAUUAAAAAUGCAUGUUUGUAUUUAAUAUUUUCCAAAGAAAACUAGAUUUCUGAAAAAAAUUAAAUAACGCCUUCUAGCUGGCAUAUUACUCAGUAAGUUGGUUCGAAAUCAUAACUUUUACAUUGACGAAAAAGAUCUGCCUUCAACAAGACCAAGUUUGCAAAAUUUGAUUAAGCAGAACCGGACUCACAGCCAUUUUUUCAUAACAAGGUUCCCACUCACCCCCACCUCUUGUUUCCAAAGGUAGACCUAAACUUGUGAAAUCAAAUAUGCGUAGAAUUUUAUGAGGAAUACGACGAUCGGAUUUUCAGUGCCCCUUCAUUAGGAAAAUUUUGUAAAAUUAGAUUUUUUAAUUUUUGAUAUUCAAUUACGCCCUCUAGGGGUGGUCCCACAAUUAUGAAAAUAAUUUCCAGGCUUUUCCUGGGGCAACUUUUGUUAUAAAAUUUUUAUUUCAAAGCUCUACUAUAAACGGUUCCUGAGAUAUGGCCGAGAGCCAUUCUUAUUGGGACACCCGGUACAGUUAUUGUUAUUAGCAUAUCAUAAUAUUAACAUUGUAAAUAUUGUAUAUAUGUAUAAGCAUUUUAAUUGUUGUAAAAGUAAGUUUGUAUGAAUGAUAUUGUAAUCAACCUACUACUUUACGUCCGACACAUUAUUUACUUUAUAGGCCAAGAUAUGAAGCUGAAAAAAUGGCGAAACCUCGGCAUUUUUUCGUCCAGCGUCGAUUUUUACAAAAAUUUGGGAUUAGGCUCAUCUCACCCGUCAGUUCAUUUUCUAUAUGGAGCCGUUAUACCCUUUUGGUUUUUUAAGGGUGAAAACUAUCCCUAAUUAUAAAAAAUUAUAAAAUAACCUUUUUAAACUUUAAUAUGAUCAACAUUUGGUUUUUAUUAGUUUUAAUAUUGUUCUAUGCUUUAUAAUAUAAUAUCAUAAUAUUACAACCCUUAAACCAUCCUUGUUGAGCUAUAGGUAUAUAAAAAAAUAUUUAUCCUAACAGAAUGAUUUCAGCUUGCAUCGGUUCGCAUAAAAAUUUGGGAUUAAGAUCACCUCACCGUGUACUUCAUAUUCUAUAUCAUGCUCAAGUGCAUUUAUUAUUUUUAGGGGUGUAGACUACCCCUUAUUUUCAAAAAUUAGAUAAAAACAUAAACCUUAAAUCGUAAACCGUAAAAUGUAAACUUUAAUAUCGGUAAAAUUUGGUUUUGAUUGGGUAAAUAAUAAUUGUUUUAUGCUUUAGGAUAUAAUAUCAUAAUAUUUCAACCCUUAAAAACCAAAAAUUUAUUCGAGGAAUCAACGAAAUAUAUACUCACAUAAGCAGCUGUUUCUUCUUUUGUGUCUUUCGAUUUGAAUGGAGAAAGUGGAACAUAUAACGUAUUACUGCCGAAAAACCGGUUCAGUUGUAUUAUAUGUAUAUACAUUGAAAAUGCUCUAUUCUAUUACAUUCCCAAGCGGGCUAUUUGAAUUUUUCGAAAAAAUAAUUCGUUUUAUAAACAGUUCCUUCAUUUUUGCUAAUAAAAAGAUUUUUCAAUAAUGAUUUUGUAGGGUUUUUGAAAAGCUUUAAGACUAUGUAAAUUAAAUUCCGUAAGAUCCCUUAGUUUUUAAGUGGGGUAAGUUUAAAGGGCUCGAAUAAGUGGGUGUUUGCUCGUAAAGAAAGGUUUUAAACAGCUAUACCUCGCUAAAUAUUCGCUGUAAAGAAAAUAUAUGCACAGAGAACUUUUUGUUAUUAAAAAAGCUACAAUUUGGUAGGUACUCCAUCAUUUUUUUCGUAUCUCUACCAGUUUCGGAGAUAUUUUGAAGAAUAGGGUGAAAAAUACAAGAUUGCAAAAAAUCAAUUUUUCCUUAAACUCCCAUUUUUACCAAUAUUAGGCCUUAAAUAGGUUAAACUUCUUGGGUGUUUUGUUAAUACAUAUAUAAAAAGAAUUACAGAAGAGUGAAGAUCAAUUUUAAUUAGGAGGGUAGUUAGGGGGUUGUUUUCACUGAUUUUUUCAUAGAAAAAAAAAAUAGGUACCGACCUUAUUUUUGAUCAUGAAUCGCUCAAUUUUUAUGCUAGAAACUUGCUUUUUCUUUGAAAUGUCUAAUUGUAUACUUGAAAAAAUAUUCUGUAAGCUUUUCUCGAAAAAUGCAAUGUUUUCCCGUUAUUUAGCUUUGAAUAUUUGAAAUUAUUCAUUUGACGAAAAAAGUUAACUUUUAACAUACCGUAUCUCAGUUUGCAUUUGUCGUAGAAAAAUUAUAAAAAAAGAAUUUUGUAAAAGAUACAAUUUUGAUAUCUACAGUUUUUGUAGAUUAAAUGCAUAUUUUUCGAGUUAUUCUCAAAAAACCCUUAAAAAAAGUCGAUUUUUUCGUCGUCAACCGUUAAUAACUCAAAAAAUAUUAGUUUUACAAAGAAAACGUGAAGAACAUUUUUUCUUAGAAUCACCUAUUCCAUCGAUUUCCAUGUUAAAAUGUAAUGAAAAAUUCCCACCCCUGAGAUGGGGUGGAAACCACCCCCAAGGCUUUAUCGUACAGCGGCAUCAUAUAGAAAAUGAUCCUUGGAUUAUUCCUUACCUUCUGUGAAAAUUUCAAGUAAAUUCAUGCUUGACGAAAAAAUUGCGAGCCAAAAUGCUUCAUUUUUUGGCCUAUUAGACGGAGGCUAGAGCCGAAAAAUCAUCGUCAUAAGUAAUAUGGAGUUUUUCCUGUGAAAUGUGUCCAUUGUAUAUUGACAAUUAUGACCCCUUCCAGGCUGACACCUCAGUGGAUACAGGAAGUAGCAAUAAGGGAUGAAAGGGGAAAGUUAAUGCAGUCAUUAAAGGUUUUCACCUCCUAUUUUGUUAAACCUCCAUCGAUUUGCAUAAAAAUUGGUGACUAGUUAGAGCAUACCUCAAAAAUAAAACUGAUUUGGUGCCAACUUGCACUUUUACCCUGGUGGUGGAUAACACCCCUUCCCGGGGUGAAAAAUAUUUUAUUAAAAAUAACCCCACAAAUCGAUAGAGGGACAAAUUUUAAGUAAAAUUUGUUAUAUCAUGUUAUUAAAAUAAAUCAAUACUUUUUGAGUUAUUAAAGAUUAAAGAUUUGUCUAUUUAAGAGCACAUGCGUGACAUUACGGAUGAUAAAAAGAACAUAUUAAUUAAUUGUAUGUUAGUAAAAUAUUAUUUUUAUAUUAUUUCGAUAUUUAAUUGAAUUUUUUCUAUCAGUUUAAACUGAAUAUGUCCAGAAACUGGAGGUGUCCAAUAAUGGGUACAUUUGACAUAUUCGAAUACACUUUUGCUAAAUUUAUAAUAUCCAAAUAAUAUAAAAAUAUUUUAGUAACAUACUAUUAAUUAAUAUGUUCUUUUUAUCAUCCGUAACUUCGCGCAUGUGCUCUUAAAGAGACAAAUAUUUGAUCUUUAAUAACUCAAAAAGUAUUGAUUUAUUUUAAUAACAUGAUAUAACAAAUUUUACUUAUAAUGUGUCCCUCUAUCGAUUUGUGGGAUUAUUUUUAAUAAAAUAGUUUUUACCUCCGAGAAGGGGUGGUAUCCACCCCCAGGGUAAAAGUGCAAGUUGGCACCAAAUCAUUUUUAUUUCUUGGGGUAUGCUCUAACUACUCACCAAUUUUCAUGCAAAUCGACGGAGGUUUAACAAAAUAGGAGGUAAAAACCUUUAAAGACUCUCCCUUUUCAUCCAUUAUUGCUACUUCCUGUAUCCACUGAGGUGUCAGCCUGAAAGGAGUCAUAAUUAUCAAUAUACAAUAGACACAUUUCACAUGCAACUCCAAAUUACUUAUGACGAUGAUUUUUCGGCUCUAGCUCUUAGACUAUAUUAACAUAACGAGUUCAUUCUCGACCGCAAAAAGUUUUUAUGUGCCUUAACAUGUGCAUAUUGAGGAAUGAGGAAUUUUAUAAAAUAUCAUGACUUAGUUGCGCAUUAAUUUUACCCGUUAAGGAUAUUCGCGCAUUAAAUAAUGUAAAAAAGAAGUUGGUAACUUCUAAACAAAUUAAGUUCAGAAAUUAAUCUUUUGGGCACCUAGACUCUAUAUUCUUGGAAAUCUAGACAGAAAAAUGAUUGAAUAGUUUAAUAUUCAGUGAGUAGUUCCCUCGAAGCUAAUGGAGUAACAUUUAAUUUUUUUGUCCUUACACUUUUUUAUUUAUAUUUAUAUUCCCCAUUUUGGCCAUUUUACAAGUGCUUUUUUAAGGGGAUAGGCGCAAACUUUCUGCUCCAAUGGUAUUUAAAUGUAUUCAUUUUUAUUUGUAAAUAAUUGUACAUAGUUUAAAUAAAAUUGUUUUUUUAUUA